AUGAACAUCCUGUUGGGUAUCCUUCUCUUGCUAUUACCCUUCACACAUGCCACUACUUUCUCCGUCAAGCAUUUCACCGGUGCUUUCGACGCUGACUCUGGUGUACUGAGAUCACUGAAGUCAUCUUUAGACUCGUCUUUUGACUUCUCUCCAUAUGAUGUCUUCGCCAAUCGCAGCGGCAAUGGUCACUACCACACUGGAGACCUGACUUUACGCUACCGAGUAGGCAAAUCCAACACGUGGAUCGACGCAGACACUGUAAAAGAUCGUGUUCCUCUCACAAAGAGGAAUUCUUCGAAAUCCAUACUUUCGUCAAAUCUUGACCAGACGAUCGGUAACGUUAGCAAUGACCGGUUAUUCAUCACGCGGAACUGGAUCGACUACCAAGGAGACUUGGCUGUCAAUUUCACGUUGCGAAACGGAAACACUCAAUCCAUCGAGAUCGGCAGCCUCGGAUUUCCCAUAGAGUUCAACAAUAUAUUCACAGACCGAACAGCAGUUGAAACAAGAGAAAAGUGUGUCUUGGUCGAUCCUUUCAUCGGCCUCCAAGCCGGAUAUGCCCAGGUCACUCGGCUUCUCGGACAGGGGCCUCAUCUAGUCAUUACACCUCUUAACCUCGAUACAAAAUUCGAAGCCUGGAGAUUCCUCACUGAGGACACUGAUACAUCGCUAGCUUAUCAGAGUCAAGUGUUCGAGGGCAACUAUGAGUGGCAGGUUUAUUCGAAGGCAUAUGCAGAGCAGGAAUGGAAGGGCGUUGAGCCAUGGAAUCCGCCAACCUCGUUAGUAUUGUCGCCGGGCGAAUCGAUCUCGUUCGGCCUGCACUUUACGGCCGUUUCGAGUGUCGAUGAAAUUGAACCUACUGUUUCUUCGCUCGGACACCCGGUUGCUGUUGGGAUUCCGGGAUAUGUGUUGACUCAGGACCUUGAGGGGCGGUUGUUUGUCAAUACAACGCUUAAACCUGACAUCAUCAAUGUUUCCCCGGAUGAUUGUCUCUCGGCCACAGCCUUGAAGCUUAGCAGCAGUACCUGGUCUGGGUAUAAAAUGGUACCUAACAAGGACGCCUUUGGCAGAUGCAGAGUCGAGAUUAUCUACGAGACAGGUUUGAAGCAUACUCUACACUACUACAUCACCGAUGCUGGGCCCAGUACUCUAUCCAAUGCAGGCCAUUUUCUGGAAGAAUACCAGUGGUAUAACGAUACUUCGGAUCCAUUCGGGCGCGCCCCUUCCAUAAUCACAUACGACCGCUCCGUGAACGGUCCAGUACUGCAGGACAAUCGUGUCUGGAUAGCAGGCUUAAGCGACGAAGGAGGUGCGGGAUCCUUUGUUGUUGCUGCAAUGAAGCAAACAAUACAGCCCGUUGCAUCUGAAGUUUCCAAGCUGGAACAGUUCGUCAAUGAAACUGUUUGGUCGCGAUUGCAGUUGACCAACGGAUCCACAGAGUACGGUGUUCGGAAAAGCUUAUUCUUUUACGAUCCCGACGUUAUGCCAGAUUAUGACUACGAUCCUGAUAUCUAUUGGACCGGAAGCUGGGAUAAAGAGGCAGCUUACUUGAUUGAUAGAGCGUAUGACUACGUUCACGUUUCUUGUUUAUAUUGGGGUUUGUACCGUGCUGGUCGGAUCGCCCCUAGUGUUUUGACCCUACGGCCACCGAAGUGUGUACUAUUCACAUUUGGAUCACAACCUGAUGGAAGCCAGAACACUUACUAUGGUGACCUUGGGUUAAUGGGAGAAACAAUGUGGAUGUACUUGCUUAACGAUCUCAAAGCCGAGAAUUACACGACAGAAGCAACAAAGAUGGAAGAUAUCAUGCGCGGCCGUGCCAAAGCGUGGUCCACGCAAGAAGAUCCUUUCGGUAGCGAGCAAGCCUGGGAUUGUACAGGACAGGAGGGCGUCUAUCUGUGGUCCAAAUACUUUAACUACACAUCCACCGCACAAAAAACCAUCGCCUCCAUUAGAGGAUACAUGCCAACCGUAGCCCACUGGGGUUGGAACGGCAAUGCUCGGCGAUACUGGGACUUUACAACAGCAGGAAAGCUCUCCCGCAUCGAGCGUCAAAUCCACCACUACGGCUCAAGCCUUAAUGCCCUCCCCAUUCUCGAUAACUACCGCUCACUCACAAACCCAACAAGUCAAUCCAGUUUCUACGACCUCCGCAUCGGCUACGGAGGUAACCAAGGUCCAACGACUAACGUCGCAUCCGAUGGCUUCGGGUCUAUGUCUUUCCACUCGUUCCCAGAGACACUAGCAUGGGAUGACUACACCGGUGACUAUGGACCCGGAUUUCUGGGCCAGGUUCUUGGUGCUGUGACGGUUCUGUUGAAGCAUCCUGAGUUCGGGUGGGUAAGCUUUGGAGGGAAUAUCGAUUCAUCUUCCUCGAAUGAUACUGUUGUCGUGCAGCCACGCGAUACUGUUCGGAGGCGGGUGUAUCUGGUGGAUCUGGGGCUGGAUGUUUCAAUUGAUGCGGGUGCUAUUGAGGAGGUGAGAAUCUUGUAUGGUGAGAAAAAGGUCGAGUUUGAUUUGGUUGAUCGGACUGAUGGGUCCGAGGGGGUGCCUGCUACGAGGGCGGCGGUGGGGUAUUCUGUUACUUCAGUGGCUGGCGCAAAGGGGAUUCAAUUACAGACUGAUGGACUGACGAAGGGGAGGUAUGGGUGGGAGGCGAAGUUUGAGUCGGGUAAGGGAAAUUUGGUGUUUGAGUGGUAA